UUAUAGUUACGUAAAAUACUCGAAUUACCAGAGCGUGAAAACAAAUAUAUUUUUCUGGAAUUUUCAAUAUAUUAGGUAUAGGCCAAAUAUACUUGUGAUAGCAAAAAUACGAGAGUUCAAACAAUAUGUUUAAAAAAUCUAAGAAGUGCGAAGUUGAACAGUGCGAUGUGAAUGAUAUUUUGGAAAAAUUUGGGAAGUAUCAAAUCCUGCAAUACUUCUACGCUUGUCUCCCCGCGAUGUUCGUGUCUAUGAUAAACGUGAAUUAUAUUUUUGUCGCUGGUGAGGUAAAUCAUAGAUGUCUUAUACCAGAAUGUGAAUCUACAAGUCCGAAAAUCGGGGUACCCUGGUGGCCAACUUCACACAUCGAUCAGUGCUCCAAGCCGGUGUUAAACAACACAUUACUACUAGACAAUUUUUGCACCAACGCUAGUUUUACGGACGUAGUCGGAGAAUGCAGCGAUUGGGUAUAUGAGAAUAACAACACCAUUUUUUCCACGCUCAACUUAGCAUGCCAGCCAUGGAAAGUAAGUCUGAUUGGAGCCAUUCACAAUAUCGGAAUGGCGUUCGCAAUGCUGGUCGCAGGAUGGAUGGCGGAUACAAUCGGUCGCAAACCUACCAUAGUUAUUUGCUCCAUUGGAUGUUUUGCUGGCAACCUGAAGACAUUCGCCUCAUCAUAUCCUGUAUAUAUUGGACUUGAGUUUUUGGAAGCUGCUAUAUGCGGAGGAGUUUAUACUGCAGGUUCAGUAUUAAUGAUCGAAAUUGGAAAUAAGAAGAACAGAAUGCUGGCCGGAGUCCUUUUCGCGUAUGCCAUAUACAUGGGCGAAGCUGUAUUCGCAGUAGUCGCUAUGGUGGUGCCAUUUUGGAAAACACUCAUCCGCAUUAUAUGUAGCCCAACUCUUCUAUUUAUCUCUUAUAUACUACUUGUCAGAGAAAGCCCAAGAUGGCAAAUAUUAAAUGGAAGAGCAGAACCGGUGAAAGAGACUUUAAAACUAAUUGUAAAAACUAAUAAACUGAAUAUAAACACGAAUGAAAUAGAUAAUUUAGAUGAAGAGAAACUCAAAACUACCUUCAAAAUAGAGUGCAACGAUAAGAAAGAGGGUUUUAGAGAUGUCUUGAGAUGCAGAGAAGUGCUCAAAAGGUUCCUCGUCGCAACAGUAUGCCGGUUCACAGUCACCUUUAUCUACUACGGUUUAAUAAUCAACUCUGUUUGGUUACCGGGGAAUAAAUAUACGAAUUUCUUGCUUGCCGCUGCUAUGUCCUUCCCUGGCGAGCUUAUUUCCAUGUAUUUGAUGAAUAAAUAUGGCAGAAAGAAGCCACUUAUUUUUGGGCACUUAAUUUGUGGAAUAGCAUGUGUUGCUUGCGGCGUCGUUCCUGGAACAUAUACUUGGCUAAAGAUAUGCCUAUUCCUACUUGGGAAGCUGGUGACAGCGGCUUGCUAUACAGGAAUCGUCACAUACACUAUGGAACUGUUCCCCACCAGCGUUAGAGGAUCACUUCUUGGACUUUGCACUUUAGCUUCUUCCGUGGGAAAUAUGGUAGCGCCUUUAACACCGGUCAUGACUACUAUAUCACCAGUCUUGGCUCCCCUCUGCUUCGGCGGCACAGCUCUUAUAGCCAGUGGCCUCCUCAUUCUCACUCCAGAGACAAGGGACCUGCCACUCAUGGACACAAUCGACCAAGUGGCAAGAAACGCUGCAGAUAACGAAACUCCAAAAAACGAUAACAAUCAAACUGACAGUCAAGAUCGCUGUGAAGAUCUCAGAAAGGUUGACAAAACUGUACAAAGAAGAAGCAAUCAAACUUUAAAUAAUGGAAGCUUUUAUCGCAGAAACGUUGAAGUUUAUUAGGUAUUCCUAAUAAACUUCAACGUUAACUUAAAAAAGCUUAGCUUAAAGAAACAGGCACUGCUGUAUAUUGACAUAAGAGCUUUAGAUAACUAGUGAAACAUCGGUUACUAUUUGCAAUUUCUAUCUUAUGUAAAAUAAGUGAGCUCUUCUCAAGAAAGAUGCAUUAUAUUAAUGGAAAAUUAAGCAAAAAAGAGAGUACCUGUCAUCUAUACCUAUUUAUUUUCUAUAUGAAAUAUUAGUAGGAACACUAUUAUAUGAAAGUUAUUAGACAGUAAACCAUUUUAUAAUAGUAUUACAGAUUACUGAUAUAAAAUGAGUCAGCUAACUUAUUUCUCGGAGGAGACGUUUUGUAAAUAUAAAAAGUAGAUUAAAUAAGUACCUUUGUUUUCAGUGCUCCUAGCAAUUUAAUAGUAAAAAAAAAAUAAAGUAGUCUUUACUAUAUAGCGCGCAGCGUCUCAAAAUUGGCCACCAUUGACGUAAAAGAGAGGAAACUUAUUUUACUAAAGUGCAGUUAUAAAUGUUGAGUUAGGCAACAAAGAGUUCAUUUGUAGUAGCAUAAUGUGAGAAUAAACAUUUACGUAAGUAUUUAUUU